AUGUCUUCUUAUUUUUCAUCAUUUAAUGCUAAUGAUGAAAAUCAAUAUGAAAUGUCAAAUAUAAAUUAUAAUUUAAAUCCUUAUCUAAUACCAAUAGAACCAGUAAGAUCUCAUAUAGAGUCAAAGAUGAAAUCAAGACGUCGAUCAAAACAUAUUCCACAUUAUUUACGACCUCAACAUAUUGUUGAAAAACGUAAUAGACGUGAACGAAGACGUGUACAAAAUGUUAAUCAAGCAUUUCUUAUACUUCAAGCACUUUUACCAUCUAAUACAAAUAAUAAUCACAAAGAUCAAUUAAAUUCUACUCGUAUAUCAAAAGUUCGUACACUUCGUAAAGCUGUUGAUUAUAUAGAAGCACUUCAAAAUAUAUUAAAUGAAACAAAUUAA